AUGUUCCCGCAGGAAAGAGAGGCCACCUCGUCCGGCCUGUUCAAGUGGACUAUAGAUGCGCUAUUUGGUAAAGGUAUAUCCCCAUCGAAAAAAUAUAGAGAUGCCAAUGUUUCUGAGGAGGCAGUGCGGAUGAGUCCCAAGCGAGAUACGCGACGGAAUCUCCAGACGGGGGUAAGCAGUAGUCCCAAACGGCGAUCGAACUCGCUGGAUGGGUUUGACCCCUCUUUCUACAGAAAGUACGAUCUUCUCUCGGACGAUGUGAGAGAGGAGCCCUCUGCGGUGCUAAGAAGCCCCAUACGACUAUACCCAUCUGAUCAAUUGAUGACGGACACUUUCAUGAACAAAAAACGCGGGACUGGACGGUUCCCCCGCUCUGCAAGAAGAAGCGCAUCGCAGAGUGACGCAGAUUCGGACACUGCAAUGCUCGAAAAGUUGUUCCAGGGGGCCGCUGCAAGUCGGUCGGUCCCCACACACGAUGGCCACACCCGCAGCGUGUCAAUACCAGGGAAAUUCCCAUUUGUGCACAAGGACAGCGGCGAGUUCCAAGAGUUGUUCCGACAGCUGGGAGAAAACAACUCGAUGCUUUCGCAGAUCCAGGAGCAAGUGCGAGAUAUAAACGAGGAGAAUGCACAGCUAAGGACAGACUACGCCAAGAUCCGAAUAGAACUGAUACACGAGCUGAAGGAGUCCAAGACUUUGAUGGACAAAUACACUCUCCUACACAAAAAAUACCACGACUUGAAAACGGUAACCAACGGCAUGUUCGAGAUAAACACGAAACUUGAGAAGCUCACGGGAGAUAACAAAGUGGCGUUGAAGAAAAGAGACGACUGGAUAGACGUCCUGCAGGAGCGGAACCGCGAUCUGGAGGCGCAACUGGAUCAGGCCAUCCGCACCCGCGAGAACCAGCUCGCGCAACUCAACGAGACCUGGCAGGAUAAAUUGGACGAAUUGCGAGACUCCUACGAGUGGGACAGACCUCGAUACCGCCUGCAUCAACCGAUAAGUGACUACAUAUAA